AUGUCACUUUGGGGUCCCACAGAAAGGCCUCCCCCUCGGGCCUGUGCAAUGGGCCUCCUGAUGAAGCAGAGGAAGUUUCUCUACCACUUCAAAAACGUCCGCUGGGCCAAGGGGCGGCACGAAACCUACCUGUGCUAUGUGGUGAAGCGGCGGGACAGCGCCACCUCCUUCUCCCUGGACUUUGGCCACCUGCGGAACAAGGUACUAGCGUCCCAGGCCCCGCGGGUCUCCACAGCCCCUUCCCCGCUGGACACAGCACUGGGCGUCCCGCAGGGCCCCUACACCAUGGCUUCUCCCAGUGCCAACAAGAACUGCCCCCCAAUUUCUCUCCCCUCUCCCAGCCCCGGAAUCACCCGGAGAGCAAGAAGCGCCCCUGGCUGUCCCAUAAUGUGCGGUGCCCGGCGGAAGCCGGGGAUGGGUAGGCGCCCCGAGUCCCUGGCCUUUCCUCUACCUGUGAUUUUCUUCGCCUAUGUUUAUGCUGAGAAGCUCACCUCGUCCUCACGCUGCACUCCAGCUUCUGUGCGGGCAGCGCUGUCACUGACCUUAGUGCUUUGGCUCCGGCUCAUUUUAGCAGUGAGAAAGCAGACGCCAGAGCCGGAACCUUGUCAGUCUAGUAGUGGGACUAGAAAACCGGCCAGGCCUUCAGGACCUGCCCGAGAGAGAGACAGCGUAGGAGCAGGCCUGGGAUCUCACUCUGCAGUCAUCAUCACAGACCCUGCAGGGCUUGGUCCGCGGGGUCUGGCGCCUCCUGGUGGCCCGCCGGGCCGCUGCUACCGCGUCACCUGGUUCACGUCCUGGAGCCCCUGCUACGACUGCGCGCGGCACGUGGCCGACUUCCUGCGCGGGAACCCGAACCUCAGCCUGCGCAUCUUCACGGCGCGCCUGUACUUCUGCGAGGACCGCAAGGCCGAGCCCGAGGGACUGCGGCGGCUGCAUCGCGCGGGCGUGCAGAUCGCAAUCAUGACCUUCAAAGACUACUUCUACUGCUGGAACACCUUUGUGGAGAACCGCGAGAGGACUUUCCAGGCCUGGGAGGGGCUGCACGAGAACUCGGUCCGCCUGUCCAGGCAGCUGCGGCGCAUCCUGCUGCCGCUCUACGAGGUGGACGACCUGCGCGACGCCUUCCGCACGCUGGGGCUUUGAACGCCGCCUCCAGGAGCCGCGCGCACUGCGACAUCUCUGCGGAAGGGAGAGGACGGGGAACGGACCUCGGCGCCUGCUCUUUCUUCUUC